UUUCAAAUACCCAGCUUAGGUAAAGGCGUUCAAGAUAAACCAAAACACUGGCAGCAUGUGUUAUUAUCCUGAAUGACACGACCCGGAAGUGUACAUGAGAGAGGGGGCGGUGGAAAACGAACUCAAUCAAGAUGGCGGAUGAGCAGCAGGAAUCAUCACAGGGAGAGAUGGAGGGAGUGAACUGCCUCGCACAUGAUGAAGCCAUUAUGGCACAGCAGGACCGCAUUCAGCAAGAGAUAGCCACCACUAACCCUUUAGUGUCGGACAUACAAGAUCUCUCUGUGCUUCAGGGUGAAUAUGCUGCAGAGGACACCAUUUACCAGCUCAAGAUAAAGGACCUUCACAAAAAGUAUGCGUACAUUCGGAAGACACGGCCGGAUGGAAAUUGUUUCUACAGAGCUUUUGGAUUUGCACAUUUGGAGACACUACUGGAAGACAGCAAAGAGCUGCAAAGGUUCAAAGCUGUGGCAGCUAAGAGCAAACUGGACCUUGUAAACCAGGGCUUCACUGAGUUUACUAUUGAGGACUUUCACAACACUUUCAUGGACUUGAUUGAGCUGUGUGAAAAGCAGCAAUCACUUGGAGAGCUGCUGAACUCCUUCAAUGACCAGAGCGUGUCUGACUACAUAGUGGUUUACCUGAGGCUUCUCACCUCUGGAUACCUGCAGCGGGAGCAUGUGUUCUUUCAGCACUUCAUAGAAGGCGGCCGCUCUGUCAAAGAGUUUUGCCAGCAGGAGGUGGAACCCAUGUCGAAAGAAAGCGACCACAUCCAUAUCAUUGCCUUAGCACAGGCACUGAAUGUGCCCAUAUUAGUGGAAUACAUGGACAGAGGAGAGGGUGGAACAGUGAACAAUCAUAUCUUCCCUGAAGGAAGUGAGCCACGCAUCUUCCUGCUCUACCGCCCAGGUCACUAUGACAUCCUGUAUAAGUGAUACUCUAUAUAUUCUGUGGUUCCAUUGUGAAGAAACCAUCCCAGCUCUCCAGCCAAGUUGAGUCAUACAUAUGUAUGCAAGGCUCUGUUAUAAUUAAUCACAAUAAAGUUUUCACUGCAGUUUUCCACUCAUUACAAAAUGAUUUUUUUCCCCCCAUUACAGAAAACUUAAGGCUCUUAAUCUCAGAAAAAAAAGACUGCAUCAGACAGCAUCAUUAGGGUUGUACAGUAGGUUUUUUGUGGUUGUAAAUGUUGUCAACUUGCUUUUAGUGUUUUCCCUUUGUUACACUGCCUUUCAUGAGUUUUAUUAAAGGGACUUACACCUCACAUGACAAAAGUGAA